AUGGUUCUGGAGAACAAUCUACAGGUGAGGCAGAAACGGCGGCGAUUUCACGGCGGCAGCUUAUCCGCUUUGGCGGCAGUUAAGUUUAUCAACAUCGAUAAAGGUGGUCGCCGCCCGCCGCCGAUGUGGGUCGCCACUGGCGGUGUUGCCGCGCUCUCCGACUUAGGCCGAACGCGAAUGUUACCAGCAUUUAGUGAGUUUCCUGGCGGUAGUAACGAGGCGGCUGGGGCCGCGCGCGCACCUUUGCGGCGUGCGGUAGAGCCCUGGAGCCCUUCCACGUGGCGGGAAGACAACCCGAGCGGUAUGAGCAAACUGUCCACGCAAGCUAGUUUGUUCGCCCCGACUCGUGUCGUC